UUGGACUCGAGAGUGACUGAUUAUCAGUCACCGUCCCCCUUCUCCGCCUUUUCCUCUCUCUCUCUCUACCCCAUUGACAUUAGAAUAUUAGAUACAUUUCCAAGAGUCAAAAGAGGUAACAUGGCCAGCAAUGGAGGAUAUGGCGAUGCGAAAAUAGACUACGUGUUCAAGGUGGUGUUGAUCGGCGACUCGGCGGUCGGCAAGUCUCAGAUUCUGUCACGUUUCGCCCGUGAUGAGUUCAGCCUUGACUCCAAAUCCACCAUCGGCGUCGAGUUCCAGACGCGCACCAUGCUCAUACAACACAAGUCCGUCAAAGCUCAGAUCUGGGACACUGCUGGACAAGAAAGAUACAGAGCCGUGACAAGUGCCUACUACAGGGGAGCUGUGGGAGCAAUGUUAGUCUACGACAUCACCAAACGCGAGACUUUUGAGCACAUCCCCCGUUGGCUGGAAGAGUUGCGAUCUCACGCGGACAAGAACAUCGUAAUCAUCCUAAUUGGGAACAAAUCCGAUCUUGAAGACCAGAGAGCUGUCCCCACUGAGGAUGCCAAGGAAUUCGCUCAGAAUGAAGGUCUCUUCUUCCUUGAAACCUCGGCUCUGGCAGCAACCAAUGUUGAGGAGGCAUUCAUGACAUUGUUGACCGAGAUUUUCAACACCUUGAACAAGAAGAAUCUAGAAGCUGGUGAGGAUCGAGAUUUGCAACAUCCUGUGUCUUUGUCUGGCAAGAAGAUUGUUGUUCCUGGGCCUGGACAGGUGAUCCCGGAAAAGAAAGGGAUGUGUUGUGGGUUGUGAGUUUGGCUCGUCUGAGGUGUUUGUGUUUAGUGUUUCUUGUUUUGGAGUGGGUUUGAGUAGUAUUCGGUUGUAAAUUUAAGAACAGCGUUAAGAGAUUUUGAUGAAGAGUAUGAUUGAUUUGUUUUUUUUUUUU